AGGCAAAGACUAAGACUUUCCUAUAAUAAUCCAUAGAUUCCUUAAUUUAUCAAAAAAAAAAAAAAAUCUGAUUGGUCGGAGAAAUAAAAAUUGGGUCAAUUCAUGGCCGGAGAUUAUAGCCGAUGGUCGCCGGAGGCUCGGGAUUUCAAGGCUACGUUAAAGAAAUUAUCGCACGAAGAACUUGUUCAAGUUUUGUGUGAAGGGCUAUGCCCUUAUUGUGAAGAAGUUAUAGAGGCUCGUGUAAACAAUCUUAAUCAAAGAAGUAUAGAUGAAAUAUCAUUAUCAAAUGUUAAUAUUGCAGAAAGUUCUGCAGAAUUAUUGCAGAGGGAUUCAUCUGAUGAUGUAAUUUCACCAAAGAGAAAGCUGAAUUCUGAUGUUCAUACACCCUCUCCACGAGUUGGUGAAUCAACUAACUCAGGAAGGUCGAAGCGAUUCGUUAGUGUCUUGUCUACACCGAUGAACAACAAACAACCAGUGUUUGAUCAUUCAAAUUUUGAGAUUAAACGAAAUGAUGGACCUAGUAGAUCAGUCAUAGGCAAUGAUUUUUUGGAGGAUCAGAAAGAGUUCAUUAGAUUUAGCCAAGUUGGUAGGCGAAAGGAUUUUGUUUAUUAUGAGAACGUUAAUGAAAAGCAAAUAAAUGUGCUUAAAGGGCUUGAGCUUCACACUAAUGUUUUCAAUCCUGAUGAGCAAAAGGAGAUAGUCGAGCUUGUUUACACACUUCAGAAAAUGGGACAGAAUCGACAACUUAGAGCGCGAACAUAUUCUGAACCAAGAAAGUGGAUGCGAGGAAAGGGCCGUGUGACCAUACAAUUUGGUUGUUGUUAUAAUUAUGCAGUGGACAAAGAUGGUAAUCCGCCGGGCAUUGUUAGAGAUGAAUUGGUGGAUCCAUUGCCUCCUUUAUUCAAGAAAAUGAUCAAGAGAAUGGUUAGAUGGCAUGUUUUGCCUACGUCGUGUAUACCUGAUAGUUGUAUCGUGAAUAUUUAUGAUGAGGGUGAUUGCAUUCCUCCUCAUAUUGAUCAUCACGACUUUGUUCGACCUUUCUGCACAGUAUCUUUCUUGGCAGAAUGUAAGAUACUUUUUGGCACAACCUUAAAGAUUAUUAAUCCUGGAGAAUUCUCUGGUCCUUUCUCCUUACCUCUUCCACUCGGGUCAGUGCUCAUUCUCAAUGGUAAUGGAGCUGAUGUUGCUAAACAUUGUGUGCCUAGUGUUCCAGCUAAAAGAAUUUCCAUCACUUUCCGUAAGAUGGAUGUUAGCAAAUUGCCAUAUAGGUAUACUCCUGAUCCAGAGCUUUCAGGAAUCGAGCGUCUUGUAUCUCCAUCAUCAUCAUCAGACAACUCAAGAAAUCGGCACCAUUUGAGAGAUGGUAAAAAUGACAAUCUUGCAAAGUGUGAAAAUAAGGUCUUCUCCAAUGAAGAUGAUUUUCCUCCUCUGGGAAAAUCGAUUUCCUCCAACCGUAGAAGUCGCAAAUAAUUUGUGUAGCAUUACAUUUGUUGCUGUAUGGUCACAGUUAUAAGUUGUACGGUCCCGUUCAUUUUCAAUGUCGCAUCUAUACUGUAUAUACUCAAUUGAUUUUGGGUAUUUUCACCAAAAUCAAUUAAGAAAUUAGAGACAGAUAUAAUAUGUCACGCCCCGGGAGGGUACCCUAGGCGUGACCGGCACUCGAAAGCCA